CCCUUUUAACCAUCCAUUCAUUUAACUGUCUAAAGCUAACGGAUAUCAUCAGCCGACAAGAUGAAGUUGUUUACAGUUUCCGCGCUUCUCAGUGCUGUUAUCCUGGUCAAGGCUGACUAUACCGCUUUCCAUUUUCUAAAUAGGACCAUCCCAGAGAACGUCCCGGUCGGCACGGAAAUCGAUCUGGAAUGGGUGUCUAAGGACUACACUGGCCCGUUCGACUUGUCGGUUCUCGCUUUCAACACGACCCCAUACGGCUACACACCGGGUCCCUUUGGACAAUACCCUCUCUUCGAUAGCAAAACACUCUAUCUGGCAAGUAAGUCGACUGAAUCCUGCUCCUAGUUAUCGCCAGCCGUUUCGAGUCCCUCUGACCUCUCCGUUAGAAAUUCCCUCGGCUGCGGCCGGGACAUAUAUCUGGAUCGCCGAGCCCGUAGACGAUGCUGGCACGUGGACUGGCCCGGAGUUCUUGUAUCAGAUUGAUGCGAGCUUCCCGGACCAGAGCAGUGGAUCUGCAGGCGCUUUCUAUCUUGUCUAGAUGUCGGUUCUUCUAACUGCUCCUAGGCGUGACACGUCCAAAGCUGGCCCCCUGAGGCUUCACGCCGAUGAAGGCGUGUUGUGGUAUUAGGGUUCUUAGCUCCAUUUGGGGAAUAAUCGUGGCGGCGGCAGCGGUAUAAUAAGCAUACCAAUGAUAUACUAGUGUAGCUUUCAAUGGGUUACAAUAUAGGCUACGAAGUGUCUCAGCAAUACGCGACCAGGAUGAAUGAGCAAAG